CCGAAUGACCGACGAGGAUGGCGAACCCCAUCCCCGCAGCAUCGCAGAAUGCGACGCUCGUAGUGACGCAUGAGGCGCACCGGAAUCACUCGAGCGCGUCGGAGUGGGACGCGGGCUUCCAGAGGGAUCUGGCGAUUAAUUCUUGGACGAUGUUCGCGAUCGGGAUGCUUCUCAUCUGGCUUCGAGUGUAGGUUAUUACCUCGUCAUCUCGCGCCUGCUGGUCGGGAUAUGGGGUUGUGGUUAUUGACUUGCGAAUGGUUAGGUAUGCGCGUGUAUCGCGGGUCGGACUGCGUAGUCUGAAAGGGGAUGACUACCUGAUGCUGCUGGCCGCGGUAAGUUGAUCCAGAGGUUUGCAGCAGUUAUUCUAGG